AUGGAGAUUACAGCUACACCGGCCGAGGAGGCAGCUGCCAUACGCAGCGCUAAGCAGCUACACGUCUACAAGCCAGGCAUUAUAUUCGUGCCUGGCGCCAAACUUCAGGUCCAGGAGACCAUCGACAACAACUGGUAUGACUGCAAAGUGGUCGAGGUGGACUGGGGGGAGCUGGACAUCUUGGUGCAUUACCUGCGCUGGAGCGACCGCUUCGAUGAGUGGCUCAAGAUGGACUCGAAGCGCAUCAGGGCCGUGCCUGCAACGUCCGUGGAUGAGUGUCCCUUCAGUGUGGGCGAGAUGGUCCUGGCGCUGUGGUCGGUCGACCAGCGCUACUAUCCCGCCACUGUCAUGCGUGUCAUCAACCCGCAACAAUGCGAGGUGAAAUUCCGAGAUGACAACAUCAGCAAGAUUCUACGCUGCUCACAGAUCAACAAAAUCACAGGCAGGAUGCCUCCGAUUCUACCUCCUCCUUCUGCUGCACCUGCUGCCGUUGCAGCUGCAGCUGCCGCUACGUCUCAUGAAACUCCAACAUCUGCUGCCCCAACAUCAGCACCAGCUGCCUCUACACCUGGAACUAGCAAGAAGAGUAUCUUUGAUGUCGACAUAUGCGAGGAAAAACGAAAACCGAAAAGGAAGGCCGAGUUUGUCGAAAUGUUCGACUCCAUCCGCAAGAGAAGAUCAAUUCAAGGUCCAUUGGCAACCCGAUCAACUCGGCUGCUGUCAGAAACCACUCCAUCUCCAUUUGUCUACCAUGAGUCGUCGCCCUCAACUACAUCAACAAAAACGUCCACUACCAGAGUUACGCCUUCCAGUACUACUUCUACUCCCCUGACGCCCACUUCUGCUCCUGUACCUCGAAAUAGUUCUGCUUCUGAGUCCACUAAGACCAUUGCCUCUAAUGCCACAGUUGAUGAAGUCCCUGGUACUGUUGUUAUUGGUGACUCUGAUGCUACUUCUCCUGUCAAUGCUACGAAAGAAUAUCCAAGCCCGCAUUCCGGCUUGUCAAAUUUUGGGCCAAGCCAGCUUAUGUGUGAAAAUCCGCCACAAUCUCUGUUGCCGAAAGUCACCCGUCAUCGUGUAUUAGAUGACAUUGACUUGACUUCCUCUCCAGACAAGAUUAGUAACGUUAGUCCCAGUAUUCUUGAUCCUUCAAAUUUGGUUAAAGGGCACAAAAUUGCUAACACGACUCCCAAGGUUUCUUCCACUUCAUCUCACGCUCAUCCAUCAGUUCCCGCGACAUUAAAAUCAAAAAUUCCUGAUCAACCAGAUCUUCAGAAGAAGAAAAUACAAGCUGUAGAAUUUGAGACCCCAAAUCAAGAAUUUUCGAAACAGCAGACGUCAUUGCAGCCUCCCAGCACUACAAACACCAACUCUGAACUGGCCCAAUCACUCUUGACUCCUCCAGUGAAGAUGUCAGUAAAGAAGGCCAAACCCAGCAAGACUUCUGUGACACCAAAACCAAGCUUGCUGGCAAAUCUCUCAACGACUCGUCGUGCGCCCGUGGCCGACGACUGCAUGUUGUCUUGGGAGAAACACGGCUGCAACGUUGUCAAAGAAAACUCUUUUCCCGGCUGGCGGAAACAAUACAGCCGUCGUCUGCCGUACACCGGUCUGGACAGCUGGGACGUAGCAUACUUUGCACCAGAUGGGAGUGUCAUCCGAAAUAAACGCGACCUUUCCGCGUACGCAGAGAAUAACACCUUACCUUGCCUUGUCGCCAGCUUUGACUUCACUGCUGCCGGCGUUAAAGACGCAAUGCUUGAGCACAUGAAGGUGUGUUCAGUGGGCACGGCUAAAGUAGGCGUGAGCAGAACAAUUGCUUUGCCAUCCACGUUAGUGUCUCCUGCUCCUGUCAACCCCGUCCCUCUCACACCGUCCAUGAAGACGCGUUCUUCGGGAGCCUCGCACAAGAAAACUGGGGACAGUCCCGCACAGAAUACCGCUGAAACGCCCACACAAAUGAGAGGUUUCUUGUGGCCAAAAAUAUCAAGCAGUGUACAACCAAUCUCUGUUACCAAUCCUCCUUCGUCCGAGCAGCUUGACUUGAGCGUUAAAGAAACAACACGAUCGUCUGAGCAAGUGUUAAGACCUAAAAAGAAAACACCAGUUCUUGCCAACGACGAGAUAAGUAAUGAAAAAAGUAAACGACGAACGGACGUUAGUCCUGUAACGCGGCCUUCAUCUCUUACUUUGGCGGAAUCGUCUCAAGACUCUGCAUCCUCUUCAACCUCGUCUGCAGCCAACAGCGCUGCUGUUGUCCCUUCGUCCGCUGCUGUUAUCCCUUCGUCCGCUGCUGUUAUCCCUUCGUCCGCUGCUGUUAUCCCUUCGUCCGCUGCUGUUAUCCCUUCGUCCGCUGCUGUUAUCCCUUCGUCUGCUGCUGUUGUCCCUUCGUCCGCUGCUGUUAUCCCUUCGUCUGCUGCUGUUGUCCCUUCGUCCACUGCUGCUGUGUCUUCGUCUUCUUUAAUCCUUGAUGACGAGGAGCAUGAAAUGGGAGUGUGUAGUAGCGACAGCGAUGACGAUGAACUAGACGUGCUUUCGCCUCAAUCUCAGCCCAAUAAAACUAUACACGGCCGAAUUGACUCCAAAAGCAACACUUCUAGUCAUAAUCUAGCCUCUCGCGCCUCCCUGCCUUGUCGUAUAAAAAUAGAAAUCCCCAUCGCGGUUGGUCGCGAAGUCCGCGGAGAAAACUCGCCUCUGCUCGAAUCGCCAGUCAAACGCUCGCCAUUGGUGGAGGCUCCUGCCUCUCCUUUGAAAGCACGACCUGCUCCUCCGCUCAGAGAAACUAAUAGCCCAGGUGUGUCAGUGGGAGAACAUGUCUGCGUCGUGAAGAACUGCAACAAAAUAUUCAGAAAUGACAAUCUUUUGCAGAUGCAUAUCAAGCACUACCAUCCAGAGUCAAGUUAUCGCCUUGGGUCCUCCGCUCCUAAUGUGGCUGACCUCGCCUAUGCCAGAACUGUGGAGGGACUCCUGGAGGCCGACAAGAGAGGAGCUGGUGAUCGACGUCGCAAACGCCACAGUCUUGGAGCCGUUCCUGAGGGCAAGCGCCGGCGGCUGGAGCCUUCCAAGGACUACAACCGUCGCAAGUCCACAGCUGUUGUGAACGUCAUGGACGAUUCUGACUCUGUAGACACCGAUUCCGUGGACUUGCGUCGUCCAGAUCCAGCCCACAACUCCGACUGGACGGCUGAUCAAGACUCCACGACAGGCGACGCUGCGUCCACUGCUAAUGACAACAUCUUGCUGCAGACCGACAGUGAUGAAGAGAGCGACUUCGUGGGCUUCCCUUCGGUGCCUACUGGAAAAAAACGUUCCGUCUUGGUGUCAAACAAACUUCAGAACAUGGACACUGAAACGGUCGCCAGUGCGGACGAUGAUACGAGCGAGGCAGAAGCCACGGACGACGCGCAUGAGGACGACAAGGAUGACGAUGAAUUUGGCCAUCGCCACAUCAUCAACUGCUGCUGUGGUUCCUCCGAGGAGGAUGGGCUCAUGCUCCAAUGUGAUGUUUGCAUGUGCUGGCAACAUGCACAGUGCUAUUCUAUUGGCAAAGAAGCAGUGCCCGAGAAGUAUGUGUGCUCCAUGUGUACAAACCCCGUGCGUGUACGUAGCAGUCAUCGCUUCGACCAUCAGAUCCGCAAUUGGCUUAAGGACGGAACAAUACCCAAGUUUUCGUUUUCUUCUGACGACGAUGGACGGAGCAAGAGACUGGAGAUGGCCAUACAGCGUGGCCAUGAACUUUCUGCCUGUCUGCUCCAGCAGCGACGUGUUCUGCAUGCUCUAAACGUCACACUUGCCAUCGCCAAGAAACCGGAUCAUCCGAAGCUUGUGAUGUGGCAUAAGAAGUGGGCUGAUCCCAGGCCGCCUGGCUCUAUACCGUCCAUACUGCCAUUGUUGCCAUCAACGUUUCCUCUGAUACCUGUCACCGCCUUUCAAUCUUAUUUGCCUCAAAUACCAGGGACGUUGUUUUCACACUCAACAUUACCAUCAUCGACUUCCCUAACUCAAGAUGAUGCAGCUCUCAUCCGCGACAUAAUCGACAUGGAGCCUCUCAUGCCUGCUGACAAAAUCCUGAUGCAAACUAACACUGUUUUCGAGGAAGUGUCGUCCCUUAUGCCGAACUCUUCGUGUAUCAUGGAUCCUGCUCCUUUACUCAAUCCUUCACACCAAGUGUCGGUGCCAUCACACUUUGAAGAUAUGUCAUUGUCUCUUACUUCUGUACCUUCGGCGCCUGUGGCUGCUUCCCCAUUCGUAUCAUCAGAAGAUGUUACUGUAAAUAACAUGACCAACUUUAUGCAACCUCAAGUGCAGCAACUUGCUGUUUCGUUGCAAUCUUCUUUGAUAGUUGACAGCCCUUUCGAAGGUCAGGACAAUAUGGGGCCCUCUGGUAAUGAAAACUUCCUAGCUCCUGUUUUUGCCUCGAGUGUCACUUCUUCAAUGUUGGAUACAGUUUCAUUGGUCAGCAGUCCUCUGGAUCUUCCGUCUCACCUCUCGAAUAUUUUGCAAUGCACAGUUGCUAGUUCGGGACCUUACAAUGUGUCUACCGGCAUUACUGCUGAUCUUUCAAUGUUACCUUCUUCCUGCACUUCAAGCAUGUCUGCACUUCAGUUUCAAGUAUCACAGUGCCUACCUUCUGUACACUCCUUGGUUCCAUUACCCUUUUCGAAUGGAACUAGCAUGGACACUAUGGCCCAUGUAGCUUCCUCAAAUAACCUGGCUAAUAAUUCAAUUCUAAAGGAUCUUGGGGCUACCAUCGACAUUAAUUCAUUGCCAAUGGUGUCGGAAGCCAUUGGCCCCGCAAUUACUUCGAAUCAUUCAUUAUCACUUUCUACACAGCAAGUUUCAUCUUUAGCCACACCAAUUACUGCCGCAACCAUAGUUUCAGUAAGCUCAUCUAUUUUGGGAGUGUCAACGCAUACGAUUGCAACAUUGCCUGUAACUGGUUUGGAAUCUAAUAGUCUUGCUUCAAUGUCAGAUGAAGUCGGUGCUGCAGCUAUGUCUGUUCCUCCUGAAUCUUGUCCUUCUCUGGAUGCUACAAAUGAAACUCGGGCUGAUAAUAGUGAGAAAACCGCACAUUGUUUGCGAGAGGCCGAAAAUUCAGAGGAUUCGGGCACGAACAAUGACCACAUCGAAAACUUGAUUUUAAAAUCAAGCAAAAUAUUUGUUGGGGAAUCUAAGGAUGGCGACGAAUUUGCAAGUCACGUGUAUGAUACUGAGCACGGGGACGAUUCGUGUGUUCAGCAAAAUUCUCAUUUCCGUCGAGAAGAUAUUGACAAUACAACGAUUGCACACGGCAGCAUUGAAACUAAAGCCACGAAGGAAAUAACUGUUAGUGGCCAGCAUUCCGACUUUUCUAGUGCUCAUCUUGGUUCAAACGCUAAUCAAGACCUGAAUAGUGGCUCUGAAACAACAGGGGAAUGCAGUGUUGACAAUAAGAAUGAUUCUAAUUUCGAUCUUCAACUGAGUAUUUCCACUUCUGAAAAAUCUAAGGAAUCGUCACUUUUAGUGGGAAACCUGAAUAAGGACAAACCAGAUGUUCUUCCCACUGAGAAAAAUUAUAACCUCGAUGUUCUUUUCCCUGGCGAUCAAACAGGCACGUCUAUUUCCACACAAACGCCAACGAAUCGUGAUGGCGCUGUCAGUGAUCAAGUAAUGGACUUCGCUCAGACGACAACAACUUCUAUUUUACCGGACGAGUUGACUACAAAUAAUGAAAAUACUUCAUCAAGUGGUGAAGUAGGCUUUGCAGUGCCAUCCGAAUCUUCAAUGUAUAAAAUCGAAGUAGUUAGCGUCCGCAAUUCAAUUUCAGGUCAUGUUCAACUUCAAACAAGUGAAAGCCAAGGAUCCAACACUGCAGCUACGUCCUUUGGGGAUGGUGUUCAAGAAUCACGAUUGAUAGAAUCUCCCACUUCCGUACCGGAAACAACCACUUCCACCCUCGAUGUUCCCACUUCCGUGCCGGAUGCCUCCAUUUUUGUGUCGGAUGCACCCACUUCCGCGCCGGAAGUAAGCACUUCCGCACCGGAAGCAAACACUUUCGCACCAGAAGCAAUCAUUUCCGUACCGGAGGCAACCAUUUUCGUACCGGAAGCAAACACUUCCGCACCGGAAGCAACCGUUUCCAUUUCGGAAGUAAACACUUCCGUACCAGAAGCAUCUACUUCGGUGCUUGCGGCAAACACGUCCAUGUUGGAGGCAAACACUUCCGUGCUGGAAACAACCACUUCCAUGCCGGAAGCAUCCACUUCCGUGCCGAAAGCAACCACUUUCGUGUCGGAAGCAACCACUUCCUUGUCGGAAGCAACCACUUCCGUGUCGGAAGCAACCACUUCCGUGUCGGAAGCAACCACUUCCGUGUCGGAAGCAACUACUUCCGUGUCGGAAUCAACCACUUCCGUGUCGGAAGCAACCACUUCCGUGUCGGACCACUUCCGUGUCGGAAGCAACCACUUCCGUGUCGGAAGCAACCACUUCCGUGUCGGAAGCAACUACUUCCGUGUCGGAAGCAACUACUUCCGUGUCGGAAUCAACCACUUCCGUGUCGGAAGCAACCACUUCCGUGUCGGAGGCACCCACUUCCGUGUCGGAAGCAACCACUUCCGUGUCGGAAGCAACCACUGCCGUGCCGGAGGCAACUACUUCCAUGCCGGAAGCUGCCACUUCCCUCAUGGAUGCUCCAACGUCUCAUUCCCUGAAGCUGAGCGCAUUGAACCUGUGAAGUGUAAACUAAAUUUACUAAGUCACGUACAAGCGGUGCAAGACACGCUGGAACGAGCCUACGACGCUAUUGAGGCAGAAAUUUCAAAGCUCGAGGAAGAAAUGGGCAUCACAGAUGACCUGGAGAAUGACCCUGCAACGGACGCCUCGAGCAGACAGCUGAUGCAGAUGGUUCUCGCUGACAUUAACGUACUCGAACGACUUGCCCUCCAUUCUAACUGA